UACCGCCUUACAUCAGGAAAUCCAUUCAAGUCAGUCAGUUGACGAUGUAAACAAAAGUAGCGUACACACUGAAACAAGCUCAUUUGAGCUUUUAGCAUUGGCUAGCUAUGUUAAUGACACUUAACUCGCGUGUCUGCUCAACUUGACUGAACCGAUCAGUGUGUCUGUGGACAGUUAGCAUCGUCGGUGCUGCCUCACAGGUUGCUAGGUUAGUCAGUUUAGCUGUUAGCUAGCUUCAGUGUCCACAGAGUGAGUACACCACUGUGAGGGCGUUAUUAACAAGAUGGAGGCCAACUUGGGAUCCCUGCAAAAUCCAUAUCUAAGCUCCGUCCUGUCGUCGUGUGAGCCAGAGCUGCAGGAGCUGAUGCGACAGAUCGACAUCAUGAUCAACCAGCAGAGGAAGGGUUGGGAGGCUGAGAUCCAGGCCAUGAGGCUCCGGCUGGAGGGGGGAGAGGACGAGCUGCUGACUUCCAGGAACCUUAUAAAACGGAGGGACCUGGAGAUCGGACUGCUCCACAAGCAGCUGGAAGAUGUCCAGACUGAUCGACAAGAGUUAGAUGCCAAGUACGAACAACAACUACAGAAAGUUCGUGAAGAGUUGGAUAAAUUAAAGAGAAGUUACCACAAGCUCCAGCGCAAACAUGUAAAGGAAACCAGUGGAGGAGUGAAAGAGAAGGACAUUUCAGAGGUGACCAAACUGAAUGAAAAGAUUGAGGAAUAUCGUCAACGCGCCGCAGAGUGGGAGCAGCAACACGUCCAAUCCCAGAAACAGCUGACGGCACAGGAGGCCCAGAAUCAGAGAUUGACUGAUGAGCUCAGGCAUGGGAAGACGCAGUCGGCAUCAUGGCAGACGGAAAAAGAGCACAGGGAGUGUGUGGAGGUGAAGAAUCUGCGUACUCAGCUGGAGAAGACCCAGAGCAGUCUGCACUCACAGGAGCUUGAACUGGAGCGACUCCGGCCACUCGAGCUGUGGCUGGGACAGAACCAGAGAGAGCAGCAGGGGUUUUCAGGGGAACGGGAGCCGCUUCACGCCCAACUGGACUCCCAGGAUACAUCUGUGCAAAGAGCCAGUUUGGAACAGCAAAGGCUUCGUAAUGAAGCUGCCAGACUCAACCAACUCCUGCAAGCUAAAGAUCAAGUCAUUCACUCUCUGGAGGACUGCUUAACAGCUCAGGGCUGUGCCAGCGUGGAAACCCUAAGACGAGAUCUGGAGAGGACUGCAACCAAGCUUCACUGUGCUCAGGCCUGUGAGGUUCAUCUCAAGGCUGAACUGGCCUGUCUCAAAGAGAGACUUGAUAAAGUGACUCGACUGAGAGAACAAGACCUGAGAAGCAUAAAAACCGAAUAUGACUCUUCUGUUACUGAGCUGAAAAAGCUGAGAGAAGAGCUUCAGACGACCAAGCAGACUCACAGUGGUGAGUUGGAUGGGAUGAGGAAGGAGGUGUCCAAGCUGACCGGCGCGCUGCACCAGCGCAACCUCACCAUCACCUCACUGAGCGGCUCCGCGGCCGACAUCAAGCACCAGCUCUGUGGCGAGGUGAAGCGAGCACAGCAGAAGGCAGCUGAGCUCAAAAUGACUCAAACACAGCUGGAGACUUUACAAACUGAGAACCACCAUCUGAAGGAUCUGCUGCACAGACUGGAUUCUCAGUCACCAAAGAGGGGGGACUCCGUGCUUGCAUCACUGAAGGAGCGUUACAUUUCCUCGCUGAGCAGCCUGGAGCAAGAAAAUCAAAAGCUCAGGCAGGCACUCAGUGAGUUGCGAGCCCAAGUCGGGGUGUCCAUCAAGGACAAUUCUGAAAGUCCCCUGCUCAGCCAUGUUGUAACCGACCGAACACGGCCCGCUCCGGACAAGACUGAAGAUACCAGACAUCACAAACACCAGGAGGAGGCUAAGCCGCAGGAGAGCACCACUCGCCAUGAAGGAGAGAUCCAGAGGCUCUUUGGAGAGCUGCACACGCUUUCGAAGUCACACACAGACCAGCCCUGCAGCCAGGCCCAAGACGAUAGGCCUCAGUCAUCAGCUUCUUCUUCUUCCUCCUCAAGCAGCAGAAGAUUGAUCAGGAUAAACGCGGUGCCAAUGUUAAGUUCAAAUGAAUCUGCUGAGCAGCAGAGCUCCAGCUCCGAAGACUCGCUGAACCUUGUGUCCAGGAAGAAAGUCCCUCCUGCUACCUCUCCAGUGGAACCUUCUUCAGCUUCACCUGCGGACAGCAUGGUCACUCAUUUCCUGGAAGAGGAAAUGUUACUGACCAAUGAGCUGUUCCAGAGACUGGACACUCACAUCCAGGGGAUGAGAGAGAACAACAUCAGAACAGCCUCCAAGUACCUGCCCACUGACACAGAGCCUGAAUCCCCCCACACAUCUGUACAGAGUGGUCAGUGAGUGAAAAAACGGGCCUAGAUGAACAGUCUUGAAUAACUCUUGUUGGGCGUUUUUAUAUAUGUCUCACAGAAUUAAACUUUAGAGAGAUCUGUAUUUUUUUUUACAUGUAUUUGUACAUAUAAACUCAGCAUGGCAGCUUGGAGCGGUGACUUGACUCAAGUGUUUUUUUAAGAUGUUGGUGAGACCUGGAUCACAUAGACCCAGUUCAGACCUGGUAUUAACAUCCGUCCUGAGUGAUCCAAUCAUGGUCAGACCUAAGUUGAGGUCUAAACACACCCAACUGAGUCCUGAGAUCCAAUCACCAUUGGGUGGUGCUCUGGGACGCUUUGAGAACAUCCAGGCAUCCUGGAUGGACCAACAACCCUAGACCCACUACUGUUUAACCUGAUUUUUACUCUUCUCACUGUCCAUUAGCACUGACCAACCCAUAAUGACAGAUACUUAACUUUGAUUGGUAAAAUUUUUCUUCAUAACCGCCUGAGAUUCAUUCAUUCAGCUCCUCCUGACUCUACAUACUCUCUCUCUUUAUCUCUCGCUUGUGCCGACACAGACACACAUACACACACACACACACACACACACACACACACACACACACACACUUACACUUACACUUACACACACACACACACACACACACACAUAUUGUCAUUAGACACAUCUUUAAACUCAGAUUAGGUAAAAACCACACAUUUUGUUUUCAAGAACAAAAAUGACGGAUAUGAUUAUAUGCAUGUAGAGUGAGGAAGUGAGAUUUGUUCACAAGUGGUCACAGGAGACGCAUUCAGGACGUAAUACCAGGUGCACACACAUUUAACAUUGUCCUCUUGAGAUGAGAUCUCUCAGGAUCUCUAAAUACCAGGUCUGAACGAGGCCAGCAUUCCAAAUGUCACAUUUAUUGCAAUGUGUUUGUAUUGUGGUGAUGAUCGACUCAGAUUUUCUAAUGGUAAUUUAUUUAUCCUAUAACCAAUCACACCACUUUAUACAAUCUGUUGAAGCAAUCUUGACAGGAACAUGGACCAUGUAAAUAUGAGCAUUUGUUUCUAUGAGUAACAAUUAAAUAAUAAUAUUCAUCAAAAUACUCUUCUACUCAAUUGAUCAAAUAGCUUAGUUCUGCUCAGUUUGUAACCCUUUGUAAAAAGACAAAGAAUUGUUGAAAAGUAAAGAAGAAAGUAAAACUGAACUAAAUCAGUCUUACAAUCAAGGUCUCUUUACCCGCUUUUGUGGUCCUGUACACAAACUGUAGGUCCUGGAUUUGUUCAGAUGUUACUAUGAAUUGAUCCAAAUUGUUUGCCAGUUGAUUCAGUAAACACACAUCUGCAGUGAUUUAUCUAAUAUAUCUGUAAACACACUUACGAUGCCAGAUGAGGCUGUUCUCAAGAUGUUUCAUGUUAAGUUGCAUUUCAUUCCAGCUUGUAUGAGCACUGAUGAUUGAAUUUUGCGGUUAGGGAAAAAAAAUGAGAAUAUGCCUGAUAUCUGUCUCGGGGGUUAACGCAUGCUUCACCUUCUUCUGGACUGUUUUUAAAAGAUUAGACUGGCCUAAAGAGGUUGCUGACCAUUCCUGACGUCUUCUGCCGUAUUUGUGAGACUUCACAUAGCUGACAUUUGGUUGCUGAAUUCCAUCUGAGCCACUUGUCGGACUUCUCACAUUAAGCUGCGUUCCUUUGCACUUUCUCCCCGUAGGAGGCUGCAUAUUCCAAUUUUUCACUUGGCCUAAAAUACAGCGUUGGUAUAUGUUUUGCAAGAAUGUAGCUGUGAGGCUGAGGAGCGCCUGUCCUCCCUGCACGUCUGUCAUAACUGGGAAAAUACCACAUAUGCACAUGUCUGUCCAGACAGCAGGGAAGGAGAGCAGGCAGCUCAUAAUGUAGCUCUCCUUAUUUUCUUGUUUACUCCUCUCCUAGCCCCUCCACCCGCACCAGCAGCCAGAGGCCCUGCAGCUAGUCUAAUGCAGGAAUGUGUGCACCAUGCCAAUGCUGUCAUGAACCUUCCCCUGCGGCCUGCUUUGUCCUCAUCACUAGACACUGUAUGGAAUGUUAAUAUCAACCAUGUGGGGCGCUGAACCUCAGAGACACUGAAAGGCCUCGGGGGGAUCAUUAUAUUUUAUUGCUUUUUUAAUGAAGGACACACUGAUAGAAUGGAAAUAAAGUGGAAAACAGUUCUAAAUUUUUUUUGUUUUUCAUUUUUGCCCUUAUACUAUUACAAUAACAGAGCAGAAAUAACGUCCUGCUGUCUCCGUGUCCAGUGACUUCUCACUCAGGUAUUUGCUGGCCUGCGCUACGUGCACUGUGAGCUCCAACAAACAGUGCGGAGGAAUUUGGCGAAGCAGGCAUUCCUCUGGCUCUGGAGGUGAAAACGUUUUUUUUUUAUGUGGAGAUUCCUUGAAGGGGCCUUGUAAAAGGGAGGAGGAGUGAGGCUGAUUCAAACCCUGGGAGAGUUCAGACUCCCGUGUUUACAUAUUGCUUCACUGGCUUGAGGCUAACGGACGAUUGAGUAAUUGCUGUAUUGAUUAGUGUAAUGAAUUUAAUUGCCAGCAUUCGCCUCUUAACUCGCAUGACAUUAAGUGCUAAUGCAUUUUUUUGCUUUGACUUUUUAAAGGAGUAUUUCAUCAUCUUCCAGUUCCAUAAUAGAGAAAUAUUCUUUAAAAGGGUCAAUAUUGAUGCUGCAAAGGCCAAGAUAUUCUGAUUUAGUCUCUAGUAUUGGUUAGAGCCCCCAAAUCACUGCAUCCUAUAUAUCCCAUAAUGCAACUCAUCAGUGGCUUUCAAUAGCCCUUCCAUGUUAAUGUCUUUCUAACGCUACACCAGAAGUUUGUAAUGCAGACAGACGUGCUGCUAAGAACCAUUCCCAGAGCUGUAUCAUCAUUCUUUUAGAGUCGUGUUAGUGUCCAGUUGUUUCUCUAAGCUCACGCCGUAUUUUAAGAAACACAAGAACAUGUUAAAAUACACAAAUCUUUCAAAGUCUUUACAAUUCUUAAAGAAUUAACGUGAACACAAUAGUUUGACAAAGGUUAUCUACAUCUCAUGGCCUUCUUCCACAGGUUUAAUUUUCUCAUUCAGGUUUAUGUAAGGUGGUUUUAUUCAACAUUAUAACGCUAAACAAAGUUCCCUGGGUGUAAUAUGAAAGGUGUCAUCUCUAACUCUAAUUCCACUUAACAAGUCAUUUCCCUCAGCCUCUGCAAAGCAUGAUAUGUUCUUUCAGCUCAUUGUUUUGGUUUUAGCGCCUGCAUCUGUCUGAUCUGAGUCCUGCUGCAACAGUACACUGUGUUCAGAACAGAGCCCACUGCACUCUACAUGCACCAAGCAGCACAGAGACUAACAGCAGCCUGCUGAUGGACACAGAGAGGAGCGCUCUGCAGAACUGGAGGUUGCAUGUGGAGAGCAUGAAUGGAACUAAAAGGACAGUUGGACUUGGUUGAUUUAGCUCUUUGACUAUUGGGUGUGUACAUAUGCAGGUGUUUGCUAUCAAGUUUACAAAUCAACUUUUGGAGGAGCUAACAUGUGUCAGUGUUGAAUUCACAGGUCGAUUCCAAACUGGCAAAGAAUAUGUAGUAAUGUAGGUUGAGAUUGGUGAACUUUCCAAGAGAGCUGUGGAAAGAAACUCCAAAAGUAAUUGAGUCAAUAAGUUUGGUUUAAUUCAAUGUUACAUUAGUUAAUUAGUUAAAUGAAACUGAAGCUUUUAGGUCAAUGAAAGAGCAAAGAACCAAAAAUGACCCCAAGCAUGUCUUCAGACCAGUUUUCGCCCCUUUCCGUUUGUUGGAUGGAAAUGGAUUUCAGCGAAAAUUAACCCGUAAAACUGUUGGUGUGGUCAGAUCAAGGACAUUUUUUAUUUCACUUUCAAUAGAAGACGGUUCAUUUUCCCCCAUUUUUUUAUUUUCACUGAUUUCUUAGAGAACAUUUUGUUGAUUUGGAUAAUCCCCAUAAUUCAGGUUUAGGCGACUGAUAUCCAUGAGUUUGAGAAGUUUAGUACAGCUUGACUGGAUUCAAGGGGGCUGUUGGGCUUUGGUGGAGUCAUGUCGUGAGCGCCAUUCUAGAUCUUUAGUGGAAUGAAAGAGUACAUAUAAAAAGUUGCUAGGUGCUUAUUUCGUGUUGCAUUUCCCUUAAAUAACAUUGUCAUCCAAGCGUGAACACUGUUAUCGUCCAACAUCAUGUUGAAAAUAAAUAGUUGUGUGUGUUUUA